AUAAUAUAGGAAUAACAAUGGACGAGACUGUGUCCAUAUGUCUGGCCGUGUUAGCCAGUUUCGCCGUGUCCAUGGGUCUUUUCGCCGCAGCGCCCAAAAUCCUGAGCCGCCUGUCAACACAAUACAGACUCCUGGGACCACAGAAACGGGCGCUGACUGACCAUGAAUUCAAGUCAGUACUCGUCAACAUAGUGCUGGGGUCAGUCGGGGUUUAUGUGUUCUUAUUCGACCCAGAGGUUUACCCAAGACGUGUUAGGUACAACUGCUUACUACUGCGACAUGGAGUAGCCGGCUACCUGGGUUACACAAUUGCAGACGCGUUUCUACUAGUGCGGUACAGACUACACGACACCAACGUGUUCCUGAUCCAUCACGUUGUGGGGACGCUCUGUGGGCUGGCUGGAACGAUUUACACCUCAGUUCCGUGGAUCAUGUCAACAUUUCUGUACUACGAAGCGUCCAACCCAUUCGUACAUUUCAGAGCUAUAUUAAGCGCACUUGGGAUGAAGAAGACCAGACUUUACAUAGUAAACGGCCUGAUGAUGAUAGCAGUGUUUUUCCUGUGCCGAGUUGCCAUCAUUCCUGUAUACUGGCGAACCGUCUACUUGCUCUACAUCGACGGUUCUUUCCCACAGAUAGACACUUUUGUGUACUAUCUAAUGAUCUACGGGAGGCUGUUUUUUGAUGUACUGAAUGUUUAUUGGUUCUCACUAAUGAUGAGGGCAGCCUUUGCCAUAUUUGUGUGGCCUAAACUUGACGCUAAAAUACAAGACUAAGAUAGAAACCAUCUAUUUCUGUAUCCAUCCCUUUUAGCACAAUAAAUACAACCAUGAAGGACAGUGUUGUUUCUCUUGGUGGUUAUUGUAUAGCCAACGUGUUACUUUGGUUAGUUAGAUGUUUAUCAAAAUUGUACCAGAAUCAUAACGUUACUGCGAUCUGCACAGCUUUUA